AUGGACACCCAAACCAAGCUCGUCGAUGAGAAAGGACCUGCAUCCCCAAACAACGAAGCCGGAACCGUUCAUGAUCUUGACAGUCUCACAGCUCUGGGCUACAGUCCCGAACUCCGCCGCAAUCGUUCCCUCUUCACCUUACUCUUCCAAAGCCUCGCCAUUGCCGCUAUUCCUUAUGGCGAAGGUGGACCUCUGAUUGUAGCCAUCUAUGGAGGUGGUCAACUUUCAAUAUUCGUUGGAUGGUUGAUGGUUUUAGUUCUGGAUGAGUGUGUGGCUUUGAGUCUGAGUGAGUUAGCUUCGAGAUAUCCGACGAGCGCGGGACCGUAUUACUGGAGCUUCCAGAUUGCGAAGACGAACAAGACGAUUUUGUCGUUUAUCACGGGAUGGAUCUGGCUGAUUGGAAAUUGGACAAUUACUCUAUCGGUCAAUUUCGGAUUUGCUUCUCUGAUCACGGCAACGGUGUCAAUGUACCAUCCGGAUUUCGUCCCUAAAGCUUGGCAACUCCUCCUCAUCUUCUUCGCAAUUUGUUUGAUCACGCUCGUGAUCUGUACAUUCGGAAACACUUUCUUGCCCAUGGUCGAUACCAUUUGCGCUGCCUGGACUGCGAUAUCUAUCCUGAUCAUCUUGAUUGCUCUGUCUGUGAAGGCAGAUGUAGGACGUCAUUCUGCUUCUUACGCUCUUGGGCACUACGAUACAUCAUUUUCUGGAUGGGGUGGUUUCACGUUCUUCAUUGGUCUCCUUCCUGCAGCUUACACGUUUUCUGCCAUUGGAAUGAUCUCGUCUAUGGCUGAAGAAGUUUCAGACCCAGCUAUCAAAGUUCCUCGCGCGUUGUCCCUCUGCGUUCCUGUUGGUGGUAUUGCUGGUCUCUUCUUCAUCAUUCCGAUUUGCGUCACAAUGCCACCGCUAGAAGAUAUUCUCGGAGCACCAUCUGGUCAGGCUCUCCCGUAUAUCUUCCACAUCGUGAUGGGCUCACCAGGUGGUGGUCUGGGUCUCACAUUCCUGGUUCUCGCAAUUACCAUGUUCUGCUCCAUCAGCAUCACGGUCGCUGCGUCUCGCUGUACUUGGGCAUUCGCACGAGACGAUGCGAUUCCCGGAUCCAAGAUCUUUGCCAAGGUCAAUAAGAAGCUCGGGGUUCCCGUCUACUCACUCAUCCUCGUAACUGUCGUGCAGAUGCUGCUCGGUCUCAUCAAUCUCGGUAGUACCAGCGCAUUUACAGCGUUCGUCUCCGUAGGCGUCAUCGCUCUCGCCGCAUCAUACGCUAUUCCGAUCGCGCUGUCGCUCUUCUGGAAUCGCCGUGUGGAGGUCAGCCAGGCGAAGUGGAAUGUUGGACCGAUCAUUGGACCGAUUGUGAAUGUGAUCGCGCUGUGCUGGAUUGCAUUUGAGAUUGUGCUGUUCAGUAUGCCAACAGUAUUACCGGUUACUGAAGUGAGCAUGAACUACGCGAGUGUGGUCUGUGUUGGAUUUGGAGUGAUUGCGACGGUGUGGUAUUUUGUUCAUGCGAAACAUGUAUAUAAGGGGCCUCCAGCUUCCGAUGGAUUGUAG